AACAAUCAUGGCAUCUGUGAAGUCGUCGUCGUCAUCAUCAUCAUCAUCAUUUAUUUCCUUGUUGUUGUUGAUUUUGCUUGUGAUUGUACUGCAAAGCCAAGUUAUCGAGUGUCAACCUCAACAGUCAUGCACCGCGUCACUUACUGGCCUGAACGUCUGCGCCCCAUUCCUGGUCCCAGGCUCACCUACUGCAAGUACGGAGUGUUGCAAUGCAGUACAGUCGAUUAAUCAUGACUGUAUGUGCAACACUAUGCGCAUUGCAGCUCAAAUUCCAGCUCAGUGCAACCUCCCUCCACUCUCUUGUUCUGCAAAUUGAGUUUGAGAUCAGUGGCCAGCAAGUUUACAUCUGCUACAUGAGCAAAUUAAAUAAUAUCGUAACAAUAAAUUAAAGUUGUCUUUUUUUUUUGGUUAUGCAACAGACCAAGGGGGUCAUGAGAAAAGAGUUUGUACUAUCAUAUGAUUAUCAAUAAAAAAAAUUAUGAG